GGCGCCCCGGAAGGGGUGCGCGUCUUGGGGGUGGGGGCUGCGGGCCUUGGCCCGGCGCUUGCCGGUGGAGGAGAGCAGUGCCCAACGGGCAGUUCGUGUGCUUUCACUUGCAUGUUUCUUAGUAUAACCCAGCUGCCAGUUGAGUUUCUUUUAAGUUGUUUUAAAUUAAGUUAUUGUGUCCCCUUCAUAUGCCCAGACUUCUUAAAGGACUUUAUUUUCUCUGAAAGUGCUUGUUUAUAUACAAGCUACCCUGAUCUCUACUUUGCUUUCUGUGUAUUUUUGCCUGUUCUGUGAGAAAAUGAUGGAUUGUUUUUUUUCCUUACAAGUUCCUUUGCACCUAACAAUGGAUCAUGAGGGGAGAAACUAUGUGCCUGCAGAAGUUUCUGAUAGGUUGGAAUCAGUUUCUUUCCUGAAUGUAGCUGGUAAACCCUCGCCUGUGGAGUCAACAGUAUUACCUAGCACAGAGGAACAGGAGGUGCAUCAGCCUUUGAAAGUCUUCUUGAGAGUGAGGCCCUUUGCUAUAUCAGAGCUUGAAAACCAUGAAUCUCAGGGUUGUGUAACUAUUGAAGAUCCCCAGACAGUAAUUCUUAAUGCACCCAAAGAGUCUUCUGCAAUGAAAAACAGUGAAAGAGGGAUUGGUCAUUCUGUGCACAGGUUCACCUUUUCUCAGGUCUUUGGACCAGAAACUACUCAGAGCGAAUUUUUUGAAGGCUCAAUGAAAGACAUGGUAAGAGCGUACGUUAACGGAGUGAAUGGGCUGGUGUUCACUUAUGGGGUUACAAACGCAGGCAAGACAUUCACUAUCCAAGGGACUUCGAAAGAUUUUGGUAUUUUACCUCGCUCACUCGAUGUGAUUUUUAAUCACAUAAGGGGAAGACAUUAUCUGAAGAUGAACUUCAAACCAUAUUUGAGUAACGAUGUUAAGAAACUAGAAGAUACACAAGCUAAGCACGAAGAAGCCAUAAAAACUGCUAUUCUUGCAUCACUGAAAGAGGAGACAGAAAGCAUCUCAAAUACUGUUACAAAUACAUGUGAUGUGGAGUCGGCUUCUUCCAACUGUACUUCAAAAGGCGCUUCUUCUGAUUCGCUAGAGAACAACUUUGUUCCACUUGACAUAUAUAGGACUAAUAUACACCAAAAAACACAAGCAUCUGUGUGGAUUUCCUUUUGUGAAAUUUAUAAUGAAUAUGUGUAUGACCUAUUAAAUAUAUUACCUACAUCAAAAACUCAGAAGCGCAGAGUCUUAAGAAUUUGUGACGAUCAAGGAGGAAAUUCUUACAUUAAAGACUUAAAGUGGAUUAACAUUCAGAGCACUGAAGAAGCCUGCAAAAUACUAAAAAUAGGGAACAAGAACCGAAGCUUUGCUUGUACUAGAAUCAAUGAGCAAUCAAGUAGGAGUCACAGUAUAUUUUCAAUCAGGCUACUAAAGCUAACUGAUGAGCAUCAGCCACGUGUUCUUGGAGUUUCAGAGUUGUCUUUCUGUGACUUGGCUGGAUCAGAGAGGUGUAAUAAAACACAAGCCUUUGGAGACAGACUAAAAGAAGCAGGAAACAUUAAUAAUUCUCUUCAUAUCCUUGGAAAAUGCAUUGCAGCAUUGAAGCAAAAUCAAAAUCCAAAGAUGAAGCCAAGCUAUAUUCCAUUCAGAGAGAGCAAAUUGACUCGUCUGUUUCAGCCAUUCUUUUGUGGGAAAGGCAAAGCUUGUAUGAUUGUAAACAUUAAUCAGCAUGCUUCCACAUAUGAUGAAACACUGCAUGUAAUGAAGUUUUCAGCUAUAGCCAAACAGGUAAUCCAGACAAUCCUACCCAAAAGCUGUGGUUACUUUUCACCCAAGUUAGUUGGAGGUGAUGGCAAACCUAUCGUAUGCUUUGAUGCUAACACAUAUGUAGACGACUUUCCUGACAGUACUGAAACCUCCGCAGAAGAGGAAGUGGACAUCACCAUUCUGAGUCAUGAGGAUCUCUUGAAAACUACAGAGAACCUAAAGGAGAAGCUAGUUGCAGAAAGGCAAAGUAAGCUCCUUCUGGAGGUGAAGAUACGUAAAGAGAUGGCAGAAGCAAUGUUCCGACAGCUGUUGGAAACAGAGGAAGCCUGGAGCAACCGCUUGGAAGAUAUGAAAGACAGUUAUGAAGAAAAACUGGAGAGCAAAUUUGAAAUGUAUAAAGAGGCCAUCAAGAAACAUGCAUAUGUGUGUGCCAUGGAACAAAUUGAAGACCAUUACGUUCCCAUAGAAGAAUUUCUAGCUGAACAAGAGAAAGUUGAGGAUAGAGAGAAGAAAAUACUGCAGUUGGAAAGGCAGCUUGAUGAACAGUCAGGGAGGCUGUUGGCUCUGGGAAGUCCAAAUUCAGAUACGCUGUCUAAUGAAAAUAACAUGGAACUAGAUCUUAUGAACAAGACUAUGAAGAGAGCCAAUGAAGGACUGCAGAAACAAUGCAAAGAGAAAGAAGAGCUUAUAAAGUCUCUGAAGUUUAAAAUACAGAAGUUAAAUGAAACCCUGCUAGAAGCUAAUGAAGGCUACAGAAGAAUGGCAGAAGAGAACAGUCAGCUGAAACACACAAUCAUGCUCAAGGAUCAAGAAAUGAAUAGUCUUCAGAACUGGGCCAAACGUGUUCUUGAGCUUGAAGAAACAGUGUCUUCCCUGCAAAAAGAACUGGAUGAACGGAAAAAACAUUUCUCUGUAGAGGAGCCAAAACAACAAAAACCCAAGAGAGGUUUGCUGGCUAACCUGAAACCCACAGUAGCAGCCACUCCCUGUAUACCUCUUGGUAGAGGCUGGGGGAAGUCUGAAGAUGCUUCACCCUCUUCAAGAAAACAAGUAUUGUGGCUCAUAAGGCAGAAGAAUAAUACUUGAUUAAGCAGUGUGCAAUUACUGGACUGCUUUAUUAGUCUUAAACCCUUUGUAGCUUUUUCUCACUCUCAGAUACCAUCUUUGCUGUCGUGUUAACUGACAAAAAUGUUCAAUACAAACUGUUUUAAAUGAAUCAGGGCUGAAUUUAGAGUAUAGACCUAAACUUGUGCUUUUAUUGUUGAUGUAGGGAUGUGAUUUGAGAACUAGAGGGGUUUUUUAUAUAUAUAUAAAACUUUAAUUCCUGAGUAACUGCUAUCAUGGUCUUCUCUACUGAUAAAUGUGUGGUUCAUGCAAAGUAGAAUGCUGCUUUUCUUACCUUUUUAAAUGAAGUAUUUCAUUAUUCAUUGUUCAUUCCUAGAAAUCAGAGGGCUUGUAAGCUUAAUUUCAAGUAGUCAAAGUAGCUUGGUUCUUCAGUUAAUAUUCUGGCUUUGACCUGGAAACUGCCAUCUUGGGACCAAACUGAGCAAACUGCUAAACAUAAGGCCUCAUAAAAGAGGCAAUAAUAUGAGGUCUUAUCUAUCUCCUUGCUAUUUUUCAGCUAACUUGGCUUUGUAAAGGAACUUGCUUAAUAUAAUUUGAAUUUCCACUAAGAAUAUGCAUUAAACAUUGAAAAAUCUAUUUAUAAUAAAAUUUUCCAUUGCUAAAUUACGCUCUGACUGUUCCUCUUAUAAAGGUGAGAAAAUCAGUGAAAUCAAGAUAAGGAAAGAUCAUAUAACAUUCUCGAGUUGAAAGAAUCAUUGUCCUGAUUAGAUUAAGGUAAGUAAUAUAUCAACUCAAGGAAGGAGGACUGGAGCAUGACAAGCUUUGAAAUAGCUUUCUCUAAAGCCAUUUCAGUCAGUGAGGGUGAGAGGUUUUUUCCUGACUACUGUGAAAGUACCAUGCCUGUAAGUGCUGGAGAAUUGCUUUAGAACAAGGCAGAAUCCGUAAGUAAAUUGGAUUGAUCAGUCCCUGUAAGGCUGUUUCUCACAGUGGAAGGAGACCCAGUUCAGAGCAAGAACCUCACCCUCCCUGGGGAGACACUAGAUGGUGCAGCCUUCCUGUGUGACACUGAGACCAGCUCUUCCCUAGUGAGGAUGUU